AACCGACGAUUGAGGGCGAGUCAUUUCGUAAACAAGGUGGAGAGGAGCCGAGACAACUACCAUCCAUCAGAACGAAAAUUGGUGUUGUCUUCAAAGUGAGACAUGUGGCAGAUUCGUUAACUUCCAAAAGGGCCAUUCGUCUACAAUAAGAGAGGUGUUCCAGGAUGCCGUCCCCAAGAGAGGAACAAGACCAUGGAGAUGACACUUCAUCAGGCAAAAGAUUGGAUUCAAGCAAGCCUGGAAGUGAGAACAAGAAUUCACAAGGAAGCCCACCUAGAAGCCCAGCUAGCACCACUUCUCUUAUUUCAGAUGACACAUGUCCCAUCUGUCUGGGCAACAUCACUGACAAGUGUAUGGCAAACUCUUGUCAGCACUGUUUUUGUUUGGUGUGCCUCAAGGAAUGGUCUAAGCAAAAAGCAGUGUGUCCAUUGUGUAAAGAACGCUUCACCAAGAUCAUCUAUGACAUCAAAUCUGAUAAAGAAUUCAAGGAAUGGAAAGUACCUCGGUCUGAGCCAUAUGUUCCCCUCACCAACAUUGAUUCAUUUCUUUUCCCUGACAGAAGAUUCUUUGGUUACAGAACAACAAAUUUUCCUGGAGCUGCUACUUUACGGCGUCAGCAUCCAGGAAGCACAGCACCCAUUGCUGAUGCUAUCCCUUCAGGUCCUCGAGAACGCAGCUCAGCUUCGUAUAAUAUGCGAGGCUCCUCUUUCUUUAGACUUAAUAUUUACCUUAACAAUGAAUGGGUGCAGCCCAUUGCAGAUAUAACUGGAAGAUAUAGACAGAGCUCACCACAGCUUUAUCGGGAGCAGCCUGCUCUUACCCAUCGUCUUGUACCAUGGGUUAAUAGAGAGCUGGCUGCACUUUUACAUUCUGCCAGAAUUGGGAUAGUAUUGACGGAGGUUAUGGAUCUCAUUGAGAGAUAUCCCAUUAAUUCUCGUGAGUUUCGACGGGCUGUACGACCACAUCUUGGAAGUCGAACUAGGCAUUUUGUCCAUGAAUUCUACAAUUUUGCUCGAUCUCCAUAUGACAUGGUAGGCCAUGAUAAUGCUGCUCAUUAUGUGACACGAUAUGGGUUUGAUGAUGAGAGCAGCAGUGAUAGUAGUAGCUCGGAAGACAGUGAUGCAGUAGUGGAAGUUGAUGUGCAAGGGAAUCCUGUUACUUCUACCACUAGUAGGGCACAACAAAGUUCUGCAGUUGCACCAGACACUGUUGAGAGGGAAGAAAUCCUCACUCAAGAAGGAUCUGUAUUGAUUAGCAGUGAUGAAAGUUCCUCAAAUGAAAUCCCACAGCAAUCAAAUUUGUUCAUGCAAUCACGCUUUAGUGAAAACCAUAACCCAGAGCCUCCUGUGUCGUCCUCCUACAUGAUGAAUCAGCUAGUAGGACGUGCUAGGAGUUUCCUUAACUCAAUCAAUGAAGGAGCUUCUACAUCAGUAGCUGAAGAUGCAACAAUCAGAAGUAAUGCAAGAAAGAAACUGAAGAGAGAAAUUCCAUCAGAUAGUGAUGAUUCAGAUGCUUGCAUGAUUGUUGAAGAAGUUAAUAAGAGACAGCGGACGCCAGAGAUCAUCACUUUGGACAGUGAAGAAGAAAAAUCUAUGCCAUCCUUACCUAUCCGUGGAAAGCAUUUUGAAGAUAAAUAUGGUCAUGACUCAAGAAAUGAUGAUAGGACUUCUCAACAAGAAAGGAAAGGUAAAAGAAAACCUAGUUUAAAUAGAACAAACUUUCCAAUUCCUCUCUCACAGUCAAAUGCUACUGCUUCUUCCAGGAUGUCAAAUAGAGAUCAUAGCUAUUGUAAUGUGCAAGAAGUUGCAGCAUUUACUUGUAGUGUCAGGCAAAGAAUUGAUCAGUCUUCCUCAUCAGAUGGUAACUACAACAUUAUAAAAACUGUACAAAAGGGCACACACAAACGGUUCAUCAUAUCUUCAGACAGUGAAAGCAGUGUUGAAAGGAAAAAAAAUAGGCAUAAAGAAAAGUCUAAAACUAGAAAGACUGUUGGUGCACACAAGAAUGAGGAAAUAAGCAGGGGAGAUGGUUGUGGCUCAAGUUCUUGGCAUGAUACAAAUUCACCUAUAAGAAAAAGAAGGAAAGACCACAAAUCCAAAGUCAAAAGCUCCUCACAGUCACACCUUUGGACAUCUCACAAGAAGCAUAGUUCUAACCACCUCUGUGUUUCUGAAAAUUCAAGUAACAGUUGGUGUAACUCAGAUAAUGUGUGGACACCUCCAUCUACUAGUACAACAGAGAGAAGUUCCUCCAGGGAUGAUCAUGAUGGGCAAGAUGGAUCCUCAAGUGAAUGCUCUUCAGUUGCAAAAAAAAUUCACUACAAGGGAAAAAAAGGUGAUCAUAGUAAUUCAAAAUCAAAAUAUUUCAGUAAGAAAGGUAAACAUAAGAAAAAGGAUAAACAUAAGGAAAAAAGUAAAAAAGUUAAAAAAGGAAAGCAUAAGAAAAAAUGCAAGUCAAAAAGGACUAACUGUAGCUCAAGCUCAGAUUCAGAUUCUGUGUCAGAUUCAUCAGAAGAGAGGAUUUGCAGGCAUAAAAAGAAAAGGAGGAGAAUCAAAGAGUCUAACUCAUGUAGGAGAGUCAAGUGCAAUGAGUAUUGUUCCUCUUCUGACUAAAGAAAACCUAUAAACAUUCCAUUUUGUCUUCUCAUUUGAUAACCAUCUGUUGAUGAGAAAGUGUAAGUCAACAUGAUCCGAGACAGUAAAUUUGUUUGGUAUCGAUUCAUCUUAUGUAUGCGGAGGUAUGACGUUCACAUUCACCAUGUGAUAUAAGUGAAGUCUUAGGUUUUAAGAUUACCUGAGCAAUUUGUAAAUACUAUGUAAAUUUAAGAGAUAAUUGUCAGGAGCAAUGUUGGAAAAAAAGUUGAAAAUGGCAAUACUUACAUUUGUUAUAGAAAUAUCAUGUUUUAAUGUAAUGAGAUAUACAAAUGCAUUUAUCCAUCUUUAAAUCAGAAAAACUACCAAGAUCUUAAUUUGUGCUGUUCUGUGUUGGUUUAUCACCAUUAAGUGUUUUUCCUAUACUAUUCAAACAACAUUUAGAGCUUUAUACCAAAAAAUGAAUAUAUUUUAUUCUUGGAUAUCUAAAUUAGAGUUAAAAAGUGUAGAUUGUGGGAGAAAAGUUAAAGGACUGCAACACAGAAACACAACUGUUACAAUGUAUAAACAAACAAAAAAAUAUGCUAAGCUUCAUUUGUUUAUCUUGCUAAUAAAUAUUUCACGGGUUGAA